AUGACGGGCGCUGUCGCUACCCCCCGCUAUAGCAACGACGACUUUGAGACAGCUUCGAUUCGCUCAGCUGCCCCUUCGUAUGUCUCGGAAGCUCCCUCCUAUCACUCAAUAAACCCGUAUCCCGAGACCUUGCCUUCAUACACCCCUCCAGUUCGACCUCAAGCAGCCGUGAGAAGCUCCAUGAUCCCCUCCAGCAGCGGUACAUCCACUCCCACAGCCCGCCAACAGACUAUUGGCUUGCCUCCAGUGCCUGCGGCUCCUUUGCGAUCUCAGCCAAAUCUGAAUAAUUUUCGUAUUGCGACAUGGUCAUCUGUAUCCAGCAACCCCGCCGCUCGACACUACCAGAAUGUUGCCAACCGGAGAUUGACGGCACAGCGUGAUCACGUAGGCAGCCUUCGUCGUGUCAUGACCGAUAUCAGCGAACAAGAACAAGAAAGACCCGUGUCGAGGCCUCUAGAGGACCCUUACUUAGUUGGUGAGGUGGCUGCUACUCGAGCUCGCCAGGAAAGAGUCGCACGCGAGACUGGAGAGGAUGUUUUGAUCCGAGAAGAUCGUCAUUGGGAUUGGUUUCUGGCUCGGAUGAAGGACUCGGAUGACCGGCAAAGAAGCUGGGCUUCUUAUCGUCGAGAUGCGGAGGUCGGGGGUCGUAAGAAGCUCUUCCGUCGUAUGGGCGGACGACGGUUGCUUUGA